AUGGAACAGGAGGGAAACAACUCAUUGCGUAUUCCACAAAAUGAGGCUGCAUGUGCCUUGAUUGGUCGAUUUGUUGCUGGCAAUGGAGAGUGUAGAGUCAUCAACGUUGUCUCUGAGACUCCUUACUACGUGAGACACCUUCUUAAACAGCUUCAAUUUGACUACGUGGCUACCAGUAGAGACAGUCUUGAAGAAUGUGUUAGAAACAGCCUUAAUGUCACCUAUAAAGUGACUAAGAAUGCGUAUGAGGGAGAAGUGACUGAAAUAAGGCAUCUUGGGGAUGUAUACGAAAUAAGCUUAAUGAGUACGAAGGAGACGAAGAAGAUUUCUCUACCAAGUUAUUUGGUAGGGCAAAUUGAGUUGAUUCGCAUAGGAGACGUAGUUUACUGUGAGCCAAGUCUGGGGGUAGUGAAGAAGACUGGGCGAAGUGAGAACAAGGUGAAUGAACACGACUUAGAGGGUGGCAGAUACGUGCAUGUUCCAAAGGGACGUGUCAAUAAGCGCAAGGAGAAGGAGAUUACAGUCACAUUGAAGGAUAUUGAUCUAUCGUAUGGGAGCAAGGAGAAGGCAACUGAAUUCAUCAAAGAGAAACCAGGUGAAAUACGAAAUGCACUGAUUUGUGUUGAUUGCACCAGUGGUGAUUUGGAUGGGGUAUCAGAAGAAGUCAUCAGGAAGUACGCCAGUGAGUUCGACUGUUUCAAGUUCAUUCUGAUCAAUAGCAAAAUAAAGAAUGUGUUGAGAGUUGAACUCAGGGGCAUUGAUCAUGGUGAAUUAAUCAGGUUUGUUUGCAAGGAGGAGAAUUGUGACGGAGUCAUCAGCACUGAUGAGGGACGUGACUUGGUGUUGAAGACACUGAAAGAGAAACAGGACUCAUUUGAUGAGAUAUUGCAGGUGUUGAAGAUUAGCACUGGUAUUGAGGAAUUGAAGGAGAAUUUAAGUAUGAUUUAG